CCCUGUACCAGCGCUGGUAUGCUGCUCGCUCAGUGACUUGCCACUGCAGUGUCAGCAGGCAAACCAAGCACUUGGCCCUGAGAGAGGAUCCAACCUCCCUCUUCUCCUUCCUUAAGAUUUACAUUAGUUGCUUCGUGGCUGGAUUAUACUACAUGAGCUACGUGUGUUGCAUGUGUACUAUGUGUACAUACACAAUGUGUAUGCCAGACGAAUUUUCAUGAGGUACCCAUCACAAGGAUUUUUCUCAGGGACCAACUCUGCUCUGACCAGGGAGUGGCUGCUCCCUCUCUUGCACGCAACAUGGAUGAGGAGAGCUGGACUUCCCGGGGUGAGUCAUGGAAGAGAGUGAUGGAAAAGCUCUGCUGUCUGAUUAUCUCCGCUCUGUAUUUAUCGUGCCUUUGUAUUAAUAUGUUACGGGAUUUUUAAGACCAACAAAUUCAUGGAAAUGUUCUCAUUGUAUCUUUAAAUCCACAGGGUACACAGGAGUGCUAGCAGCAUCACUACAAUAAAAUGUUACUAUCUCAAGAUAAAACACAGUGAAAGGAAAAUGUGAGCAACCACAAUUACCACUGCAGCACAUCAAGGAGUAACCCAAGAACUCACUGGCUUUGUGGUUGCAAGUCCCUGUGGAGUCCUGGUGCUCUAGUCUUGGAAUGUCAAACCUUCUCUGAUGUGUUAUUUCAGGUGAUUCCGAUGCUCUGCAUCUCUCUGAGCCAUGCCCCAGCAAUGACUAUCCAAACAGCAACUGAGAGAUGCUGUUUUUUUCCUGAACAACCCACUCAACAGGCGUCUCAGUGCAGACAGAGCCCCAGCUCCCAGUGGUAUGUUUUCCUGGAGUGGUCACAGAAGACACGUGGAGGUUGCAUUAAAGUAAGACACUGCUGCUAUUGAGUAGAGCUUGUUAACAUGAAACUCCCUGGAAUUGUCUGCAUCCAGGAGCACUAUGGAGCAAUUUUUACAAUGGAGAAGAAAUUGGUACAUGUGUCUGGUAGUAGAAGACAUUAUUUCACUGACAGAAAAUUUAUCCUGAUUGGGGGAACAAAACCGUGGCACCAACCUCCUAAUGCUACAGUGAAAGGAAAUGCUGGAGCACAGAAUGAAAAAAAUAUGAGAGCGGUGGUGACAGGAGGCGGAGGCUAUUUUGGAUACAAGCUGGGAUGUGCUCUUGCCAGCUCAGGAGCUUCUGUUGUUCUGUAUGACAUAAACAAGCCUAUCUGGGAAAUUCCUGAUGGAGUAGUGUGUAUCCAGGCAGAUGUCAGGGAUUACGAUGCCUUAUUUGCAGCCUGUGAAGGGGCUGACUGCGUGUUUCAUGUAGCUUCAUAUGGAAUGUCAGGAAGAGAGCAAUUGCACAGAGAAGAGAUUGAAACUGUAAACAUUAAUGGAACAAGGUUCAUCAUUGAUGCCUGCAAACAAAGGAACAUCAGCAGAUUGAUAUACACCAGUACAGUAAAUGUUGUGUUUGGAGGGCUUCCUAUUGAAGAUGGCGAUGAGGAAACUGUGCCAUAUUUUCCCAUAGAAAAGCAUGUUGAUCAUUAUUCCAGAACCAAAUCAAUUGCAGAACAAAUGGUACUAGCAGCUAAUGGAACUCCACUAGCAGGAGGUGGAAUACUCUAUACUUGUGUUCUUCGCCCACCAGGCAUCUACGGACCAGAAGAGCAAAGACACCUGCCAAGGCUAGCAAAGAACAUUGAGAGAGGGCUACUUAGCUUCAAGUUUGGGGAUCCUUCUGCUAAAAUGAACUGGGUGCAUGCAGAGAAUCUUGUACAAGCUCAAAUUCUAGCUGCUGAAGCUCUCACCCCUGAGAAGAACUACAUAGCUAGUGGUCAGGUGUAUUUCAUUAAUGACGGUGAAAAAUUCAACCUUUUUGAAUGGUUAACUCCACUCUUUGAACGUUUAGGUUGUAGUAAGCCCUGGAUACGUAUUCCUACUUCCUUGGUUUAUAUAUCAGCCAUGAUAAUGGAGUAUCUUCAUCUGAUGCUGAAACCAUUUGUUGAACUGUCCCCCCUGCUGACCAGAAAUGAGGUGCAGAAUAUUUCCGUAACUCAUACAUUUCGAAUAGACAAGGCACGGAAUCAGCUAGGGUACAGCCCAGAGAAGUUUGUGUUUGCUGAUUCUGUGGACCAUUACAUUAAAACAAGACCAGAGGCCCAGAAUGAUCACAUCUUCCUCAAAGUCUUGCUUUUGUUAAUUGUUAGUUUAAGUUUGAUCUUUCUUUCUCUGAGAUUUGACGACCUUUCAGUUUUGCAUUUUUUUAAGGAAACAAAACACUGACAUGCAUAAACUGCACAUACUCGGUCACAGUACUGCUACCCAUGGAUCAUCUCGAUCUCCACAAUACGUACUGCCCCCAAUGCAAUAAGCAGGCAGUUAUUUUAGAUCCUACAAAAAUAAUAAUUGUAGCCUGUAAGUAGCUGUACUUAAGAAAUUAAAAUACUGUAAACAAUUAUGGCCAAAGAUCAUCACUGAAACACACUGGAGUCAAGACUGUUGAAUCUAUGUAUUUCACACCAAAAAUCUUCUCAAUUUUAAUGCUGAAGUGCAUGAGUACCUGCAAAAGGAACAGAAACUUCAACCAGUCUUCAAUGCUUCACCAAUGAAGAAAAAUGGCUAAAAUAUGGAGGAAGGCUGACUACAGCUGCUGCCACGCUCAUUACCUUAGGGAACUGAGGAACACACAAAGGGACCAACAAUGAGAACAUAUUACUGUAAAUAACACAAGCCAGCUGAACAGGGGAAGUUCACACUGUGUGAAUUUAUUUCGUGAAUUAGCUGUAUCACUGUACAUGAAGGAAAAUAAAAGCGCACUUGAAACUCUGCUGAACUUGGUGCUGUGCCUCUGUGAACACUGCUGCAGACCUUGCCAUCCUGCUGUGGGGUGCAGGGACCAGCUGCAGGACCUGCUGGGAGGGCAAAAGCCUAUCA